AUGGAUGAGGAAGGGAGAGUUAAACAGGUUUAUCCUAGAGAUUGUAAGGAUCUUCGUGGAAAUGGUCAAUGUAUGUCAGGUGUAUACGAAAUUUAUCUUUAUGGUAGCAGCCUGGGUCCUCUUCAAGUUUACUGCGAUAUGAAAACAAUGGGUGGAGGAUGGACGGUAAUCCAAAAAAGAAUAGACGGAUCUCUGAGUUUUGACAGGAACUGGGCAGAGUUUAAGAACGGUUUUGGUUCACCGGAACAGAAAGUCUGGAUCGGUAAUGACGUAAUCAAUCAGAUGACAAAGGGACACAACUCCUCCCUCUACGUUUCCAUCACAUUAGUGGAUCGUACAACACUAUAUGAGUUAUACAACCAAUUCUCUGUAUUUGAUGAAGCAGAAAACUACAAACUCUUUUUGGCUGGACCUGCUACGGGAACCUUAGGGGAUAGAAUGUUAAGCACAGGGUUGGUUUACAGAGAUCUGUCUGGGAUGCCAUUCAGUACCCGAGACAGAGACAAUGACAGGUAUGAAGGUAACUGUGCUGUUUAUGCAGGAGGAGGAGGCUGGUGGUUUAACGACUGUUACUUUGCCUUCCUUAACGGUCGCUGGUCCUCUUCAGACUGGAUCUACCCAUGGUAUCCGCCAGUGUUUUACAGUAAUUCUAUAAAGGAGAUUGUCAUGAUGAUCAGACGUCACUAG